AUGCUGGUUGACGACUGGGAGAACAUCACCAAGAACAAUCAGCUGGUCCCGCUUCCUCACCCUCACCCCGUUGACGACAUUUUGAGCGACUACCUCAACUACGAGCGCCCGAACAGGGAAGAUGGUUCUGCAAACAUGGACAUUCUUGAAGAAGUCGUUGCAGGGCUUCGCGAGUACUUUGAGAAGUCUUUGAGCCGUAUCUUACUGUACCGCUUUGAGCGCCCGCAGUACCAUGAGAUUCGCAAGGUGUGGGAGAAGGCUGGCGAGGAAGACAAGCACAAAUCUGUCUGCGAUACCUAUGGACCUGAACACUUGUGCCGUCUGAUGGUGUCUCUUCCCGAGCUCGUCGCUCAGACAAACAUGGACCAGCAAUCCGUGGCGCGUCUGCGUGAGGAACUCUCCAAGCUCACCGUCUGGCUCGGCAAGAACGCAAAGAACUACUUUGUCAGCGAAUAUGAGACCCCUUCUCAGGAGUAUAUCGACAAGGCUCGGAGCUUCUAG